CCAAAUAAGUUGUCGUUUAUGUUUUUAUUUGGGGAAUAAAAAGUAUUUAUUUCAGGCUUCAAACACUGUAAAUUUUCAAAGUAUUAAGGUUUUUAUCAUGUCACACGAAACUGCAGGAGUGCUUACAAUCAACUUGACAAUCGGCAAUCUCGGUCCAAUUUUAAAUACAAUGGGUGAAUACCAGAAAAAAAGUAAAAUUAUUGAGGCUAAACAAUUGAAUGGCACAAAAUGGUAUUUAACACUGCACCGAUAUCAUUCAUCACCUCCAGGUUGUUUUUCGUGUUUUCUAUGCAGGCAGAAUGACGACGACAAAUCUGAAAAUAUAUCAGUAACAUAUAAAUUAGAACUGAUUGAUAUGAUGGAUGGGACAAUUUUAAAAUCAGUCGUAAAGGAAAAUAUCACUUUUUCAAAAGUAUCCAGCAGUGAAGUUAGCAGUUUUCUUGAUAGUAAUUCCUGGGAAAUGUAUCGGGAAAAUUAUGGUUUUUCGACAAUCCGGACAGUUACUGUCCGCUGCCACAUAACUGACGCAAGCUACAAAAAACAAGCAAUGACGAUGGAAAUUCCAACUGUAAUCCAUACACAGUGGAAAAUAAAUAUUUUUGGUCCAGAAAUCUGGUCAAAGAAAGUAAAAGUUCCAUUUCAUGAAUCUACUCAAAUAGAUAUUAUUAUGUGCGCUUCCGAUGAAAGAAUCAACAUAAAAAUUGAAAAAGUGGAUUCGUUACAACCUUAUGAAAUUAAUAUAUCAAUAUUGAGUGAUGGAAAUCGUAAAAUAGAUUGUGAAUUGCCAAAAAAACCCGUCGAAAACCAAAAAUUUGACACUUGGAUUGAAAAAAGUCAGCUUGUGGACAAAUCACGUUUUCACUUACCGUAUUCGUUCAUUCUGGUGUGUACCAUCAUAACUUCUGAUGGAAAUUUGGAUUCAAGAGCUGAGAAUUGGACGCAGGAAAAUUCUUUUCCAUGUUUAAUGGUUUCCCCUUUACCUCUGCAAGAGGAUCUCAAAGAAAUGCUAUUGAACGAUAAGCAUAGCGACGUUAAAUUGAAGACACAUGACAAAAUCAUACCGGCUCACAAAUGCUUGCUGUCAGCCCGAUCUCCCGUGUUCUCCACAAUGUUCGAUAAAGAUAUGCUGGAAACUCAGACUGGCGUUGUUGAUAUUCCUGAUGUGGAAAGUGAAACUCUGCUAUCAUUUUUAGAGUUUCUGUACACUGAUAUGAUCACCAACACUGAUUAUGAGAAAUUGUUGAGACUGAUGAUGGUGGCUGAUAAAUAUCAAGUGGAUUACUUGAAAAAACGAUGCUCAUUAAUACUGAUGUCCAAACUGUCUUUGGAGAACGUCUGUGAAGUGGUUUCUGUUUCUGAUGUGGUCAAUCAGCCGAAUUUGAAAUUGUGUGCAAUUAAUUUCAUAAAAGAAAACAAAAAGAAGAUUGUUUCCUCCCCUGCUUGGUCAGAGUGGGUGGAAAAGAACUUGAAAUUGGCAGUUGAAGUUUUGUCGAAGUUGAUUGAUGUUUGAACCGAAACGCAAUGCAAAUUUCACUAAAAGAAAGAUUCCUGAAAUUAUACGAAAAAGCUGGCUUGGCACAGAUUGUAAAAUUGGCACUAUUUCUGUAAUAUUGAAAUUUUUACUUAUGUAUUUUUCAAAAUGUCCGAUAAAAAUAUACUUUUUGUGUAAUUUGUACUUUUACAACAGAAAAAAAUUUUGAUUUUUCUU